GGGGGCGAGCCAGUGAGUGAGCGAGCGAGCGAGCGUCAGCGCAUGCUUCAUGAAUGAGUCCCUCUCUACAGCACAGAGAGACCCUCAGCCUGCACCCUGAUGCCAGUGCGGGUGCGCUGACCACAGGGGAACAGUAGAGGAACCAGCCGCUGAUGAUCCCGGACAGUGAACGCCUCAGCCCGGUGCUACAGGACCGUUUCAUCCCUCCAGGAACAACACGACAGGACAAGAUGCUUGAUGGACUCCGGCGGAGGCAUGCCUCCCGGCCCUCCACCAGACCCCUGUCACUCAACUUCAGCACCUUCUCUGCCCCUCCCCCAAGCCCAGACAUGGACAGCAGCAGUGAGCAUCCAAUCAGGAGGACUCUGCACCGGCUGAAGCUGAUGAGCUCCCCAAGCCUCAGUGAGCUGGGGAAGAGUGAGAAAAGUUCUCCGGAGGAAAGAGGAGAAAAGCAGAAGAAGGGAGGAUCAAACGCCACCUGGAACAGCAUCCACAACGCUGUCAUAGCAGUCUUCCAGAAGAAAGGCUUGGCCGAUAACGAACUCUACGUCCUCAACGAAGGUGUCCGGCAUCUGUUGAAGACUGAGCUGGGUUUCUUCUUCACAGAAUACCUUCAGAACCAGCUGCUGACAAAAGGCAUGGUCAUCCUUCGGGACAAAAUAAGGUUUUAUGAAGGUCAGAAGUUACUUGACUCUCUGGCAGAGACUUGGGACUUCUUCUUCUGUGAUGUUCUGUCGAUGCUGCAGGCCAUCUUCCAUCCGGUCCAGGGUAAGGAGCCCUCUGUCCGACAGCUAGCUUUGCUUCACUUCAGGAACACCAUAGUCCUGAGCGUAAAGUUGGAGGACGCCCUAUCUCGACCUCGGGCCCGUGUUCCCCCCUCUGUUACACAGAUGCUGCUUAUUCUACAGGGGGUCCAUGAGUCGCGCGGUGUAAAUGAGGAAUACCUGAGGCUGGAGUCUCUGAUUCAGAAGGUGGUCUCGCCCUACCUGGGCACACACGGGCUUUACUCUGAAGACGGGGCUGAGUCUCAUUGCUGUGUUCUGGAGAAGCGUUCACCGUGGGGCUGGUCAAAGUCUACAGAUCAACCGUCUAAAAACCCUGUGGUACGAUCCAAAAGCUACAAUAUCCCUCUGCUGCUGACCCCUGUGGCCGAGUAUGACCCAGAUGCCAGCUCUGUUGGUAGUGGAGGAAUUCGGCGCCACUCGGCCUGCGAGAUUAUAACAUGCCUGGGGGAACAAGGACUGGCUUACGCUGACUUGGCCUCCGGAUCUGAACUGUCUGGCCCCUCCUCCAACAGGCUGUGUGUGGGCUCUCAAUUCAAUGGUAUUGUACGAGCGGGAGUGGGUGCCAUGGCCUUGCCUCUUUCGUCUGCCUCUAUCCAUCUCCUUCAUUCCUCAGGAGCUCUGCACGGCACUGAGGCUACAACAACAAUGACUGAUCUCAGUAAAGGUGCAUCAUCCUCGCCGCCCAGUGAAUCAUCCAGCCCUGAAACCAUUAUUGGACAAGUGCUAGACUCUGCAGACUCAGACUCAGAUGGGAUAUUUAUUGAUUUCCCACCUCACUCCUCAGAGGCUAUGGGGUACUGCCGUGACAGCAGGCAGAGCACUGUGUAGCUGUGGCUAACAUUUCAUUAAAUUGGUACCAUCUUCCGUUCUUAUUAGUCCAUUCCAAGUGCUUUCAAUGGUGAAUGAAAACCUUGCAACUCUAAAGUUUCAACUGUUCAUCCAACAAAAAACUAAGCAAAUCCCAGUGGAAUUAUUAUUAUCAAUGCUCUAAAAUGUUUGACCAAGUUUUGAACUUGGGAUAUAGCUGCGACUUUAUCCAAGGUCUUUAUCCAGAGAUUUCCAAUGUUUUCAUUAACACAAAAUACGUUGCAUUAAGUUCCUAAGGGAUAAAUCUGGUGAGAUUCUUUAAUUUUCUUAUUGUCAACAACUCUCUGAAAUGAACAGCAAUGAAGGAAUCUCAGAAAGAUUUCUUCUGAAGACAAAUCCUAAUUUAUCAUGUUCCACUGCCACAGACCUCCAUCUUGUCCAAAAAUACAAAAAACACAUGAAUGUGCCAUACAGUUGCACUAACCUGUUACCUGAUUUGAAUAAAAACGGGCACUUUAGUUUAUAAUGACUCAAUCAGACAUUCAAUUUGCUGGUACUGUAAAAACUCACUAGUUCAUCAGAUGUGAAUUAAUCUAUGGCUGAAAGAUGUCCCCAAAAAAUGCACUAUUAACUUAACUACAGUGCAGAAUUACUAGCAUUUUAGAAAAUGUAUGUCUUAAAAAGAACAAGAUUUGUUGACAAUAUAUAAACAAUAAUAAUAUCCUUUAACUCAAAGAGAAGCAAGACAAUCUUUAACUGAAUUUAACAUCAUCAUUAGAGUUAUGAGGUUUUCAAACAGCAUCAGUUUCUUUCCUCAACUAAUAAGAUGGCCACCAUUUACAUGGGAAAGUGACAGAAACGUUACAUAUUUAUCAUGGAUUGUUUUGUAUGUGUAUUUUAUAUAUUCUGUUUACGCUUUGUUGUCUGCUUUUAGCAGUAACAGUAAUGAGGUCUUCUGCUCUCUCUUUUGUACGACAUCUUAUGAACAUUUUGACUUUUGGAUUGUUUUUAUUGUCAGCGGCGGUCAUAGAGGUUUAAUGCAAACUUCUUAUCUUAGAACAGACAUCAGUGUGACAACAUUUGCUUUUCUGUAUUAGCUCCCUACAGCCGGACUUUGAGGAAUGAUUAUGUUUAUUGUUUACAUUUGAUAAAGACAUGAACAUUUUGACUGAAUGUCGUCUCACACACUGUAUUUUGCACCACCACUAUGUUGUAAAUAUAAAUGCAUUGUUGUUUUUUAGGACAGCUUGAUAGUGUAAAGUGAGCUUUUACCUUUAAAUUACUUGAGAUUUUAAUAAGGGCUUUUUAUCUGAAUCUUUUUCAAACAAUGUU